UUAACCUUUAGAAUAAAGAAAAAGUGCUUGAGAAUGGAUUCAGCUCCGGAGUUUUUAAACAUACAGAAGAUGGUAAACCUCAUUCAAAGCAGAGUAAAACAAAUCAUCCGGAACCUUCAGAUGGUUUUAAGGAGGAAGGUUUAUCCGGAUAUGGAAAGAAGAGUGAGAGUAAACCCGGAUGUGAUGAAAUGGAGAAGGGUGAAAUCGGAUUUGCUGCGGAGGACAAUUUCCCCAGCAUAGAAGAGGUUAAGAAUCGUAUCAGGUUGGCUAGAGAGCAAAUGCUCAAUGGCGGAGCUCACGAGGAUUCAAAGAUUAAGAAACCAGAUUCAGGAUAUCUGAAACCUAGACAGGACGAUAUCAAGGUUCGGGAUAAGAUACAGAACUUAGAACUUGCCUCUCAGCAACAAAAUAAGCUUUUCAUAUCUGGUUCCGAGAUAAAACAGGACCCGGAGAAACCUUUUAUUUCUGGUUUAGAGAUGAAACAGGACACUAAGAAACCUUUCAUAUCUGGUUCCGAGAUAAAACAGGACCCGGAGAAACCUUUUAUUUCUGGUUCCGAGAUGAAACAGGACACGGAGAAACCUUUUAUUUCUGGUUCCCAGAUAAAACAGGACCCGGAGAAACUUUUUAUUUCUGGUUCCCAGAUUAGAGAAGACUUGGAGAAACCUAAACCUGUACUCAUCGUUCCAACCACUUCAAUUAAACCAGUGGAAAAGGAACCCGAAAGUUUGAAUGAAGAAAAUGAAGUGAAGGUUGAGCUUGUUGAAGAAGCUGCACAGGAUAUUACAGGAACAGUUGUUGAUGAAGAUAAUAACACAUUCACAGAGACAGUUGUUCAAGUGGAAAAGGUUGAAGCUGAAGCAAAAGAUGAAACUCAGAAAACAAACAAACUUGGUUCUUUAAAGAUGGAGGCUGGGUACCAACCAAAGAUGGAGGCUGGGUACCAAACAAAGAUGGAGGCUGGGUACCAACCAAAGAUGGAGGCUGGGUACCAACCAAAGAUGGAGGCUGGGUACCAACCAAAGAUGGAGGCUGGGUACCAACCAAAGGAUUAUAUUCACAUGAUGGACAGCAGCUCUCUUGGUAGCGUGGAUAUUGAUACGGUUAUUAAAGAUAUUGAUGACACAGUACGGGCAGAAACUCGUAUCCUUGAGGAUGAAUAUUAUGCUGAAAUAUCUCAAACUAUAGAUAAGUUUGAUGAAAAUAGGAUAGUUAAACUAGAACUGGACCAAUACGAGGAGAUGAGAGAAUCUUCAGACUUUGAGGAGAUCAUCAGUCCCAAUCCUGCUCCGGGUACCAGUACAGAGAAGAGAAGGAUCGAAACCUGCUCUGCCAUUGAAAGAGAGACACCUGGAGAAAAGAGCAUUACUGAGUCCUGUCAUGUAUCUGGAGAAGACAUAAAGGAUGUGAAAGGACAAAAUUGUAAGAUAGAAAAACAAGUUUCAUGGGUCGACGAUAAGAAAGUUAUUUAUCAAGAGAAUGAAGAUGGAAAGGAAAGAAUCCUAGAUAAGGAUAGGAGAGAAGAAUUAGAUCAGAGACACAAGAACGAAGAUGAUAAACGGGAAAAAGGAUCGAAAGCUAUGAAAACAUUUCAACUAAUUCGACAAAAAACUGUUGAAUUUGUUCAAGGGAAGGAAACUGAAUGGAAAUCGAACCUUAGUAAAGUUAUAACAGCUCAAUCUGGAAAACAAAAAGACAGUGUUCUGAAAGGUGAUGCUAAGUUUAUGUCAUCUCUCCAAACCUUGAAUAUUGGAGAUGAGAUGCUAACUACGAGUCCACUCAAGAGAAAGAAGAGAAUAGAAUAUUUAGCAGAAAAACUACACGGUCAUAAUACUUCCUUUCUAGGAAAUAUUACGAAUCCCGAGGAUAAACCAAGAUUUAGCCAACAAUCUUUUUAUGUCAGACCAACUUCAGAAGAAAUUGAGGUUUCAGCAUUAAAAAAACAAGAACUGGAGGCUAACAAGGGAUCCUCUGAGGGUUUAAACUCCAAGUUUGGUUCCGAGCAGUCCCUAGAGACUGGAGAAAAGAGGGAUAAGACGGGACGGAGAAAAUCAGUUUUCAGGAAAAUAAACGAGGAUUGGAAUACGUUUUUGAAAGAGAUAGGGAGUGCUUCAACCAUGAAUGCAGUGGAAAACCAGCUUUAGUUGCAGUUAUCUUUUACUAUAGUAUUAAACCAUAUCAACUGCAGUAUAGAACCUGCUCUAACUGCAGUAUAGAACCUGCUCUAACUGCAGUAUAGAACCUGCUCUAACUGCAUGCAGUAUAGAACCUGCUCUAACUGCAGUAUAGAACCUGCUCUAACUGCAGUAUAGAACCUGCUCUAACUACAUGCAGUAUCGAACCUGCUCUAAUUGCGUGCAGUAUGGAACCUGCUCUAACUGCAUGCAGUAUAGAACCUGCUCUAACUGCAUGCAGUAUAGAACCUGCUCUAUCUGCAUGCAGUAUAGAACCUGCUCUAACUGCAUGCAGAAUAGAGCCUACUCUAACUGCAGUAUAGAACCUGCUCUAAUUGCAUGCAGUAUAGAACAUGCUCUAACUGCAUGCAGUAUAGAACUUGCUUUAACUGCAUGCAGUAUAGAACCUGCUCUAACUGCAUGCAGCAUAGAACCUGCUAUAACUGCAGUAUAGAACAUGCUCUAACUGCAUGCAGUAUAGAACUUGCUUUAACUGCAUG